AUGGAAUCUCCUGUAUUCAAAACUGGCAUGAAAUUUGCUAGCAUUGAAGAGGCAAGGCAAAUAGUUAAUGCAUACAUCAUCAGAGAGAGGGUGAAGACAAGGAAAACAAAAAAUGGCAGAACCAUGCUUCAUGCUAGGUGUGAGGAAGGUUGUCCAUGGAGGCUCAAGAUAGAUUUUGAUUUGCAGAGGUCAGGUGGAUAUGUGGUGACAUCUUAUGAAGGAGAACACAGAUGUGAGAGAGUUUAUGAAAUGAGAACUCUUACAGCUAAAUUCUUAUGCACACAAUUCAUUAAUGAAUUCAGAGACAAUAAAAAAAUGGACAUGCAGUCAUUUGCAGCAAAGGUUCAGAGAAAAUACAACAUGUGCCCUGACAGGUGGAAGUUGGGGAGAGCAAGAAAGGCUGCACUGUUAGAAAUUCAUGGUAAUGAAGAAGCACAAUUUUCUCUACUAAGGGAUUAUGGUGAAGAGCUAAAGAGGGCAAACCCUGGAUCAACUUUCUUCCUGUCCACCAAUUUUGUGAAAGAAACAGGGAGUGACAUUGUGAAGGAACACUUGGCAACAAUGUACUGGUCAUAUGAUGCCUGCAAAAGAGGAUUUCUCACUGGAUGCAGACCAUUAAUAUGUGUUGAUGGAUGUCAUAUUAAAACAAGGUACAAGGGAGUGUUGCUUACUGCUGUUGGCAUAGACCCCAAUGACUGCGUUUUCCCCAUUGCCAUGGGCAUGGUGGAGGUGGAGUGCACAAGUUCUUGGGAGUGGUUCCUCACAACACUAAGAGAUGAUCUCAACAUCACCAACACAUCUCCUUAG